AAGAUGAGUCACAUGAUAACAAAAGAAAAUUUUAAACAUAAUUUUCAUGGAUAUUGACCAACCAUUCUUACUCUUACAUUAAUUAAAUUAAUAGAGAUAUAUAUGAUAUGACACUAUUAUUGUGUUGAUGUGAAUUUCAUUUUCAGAUCCGCUGCUGGGUAGCUGAUUUAAUGGUUUCUCAUUCUCCAACCAUUCUACUUUCAUUGCUUCCGAAAUACAUCAUCAAAAUCAACACUAUAAGUUAACCGAAAACCUAAAACUAGUGUACUUGGGUUCGGAGGAAAAGCAGCAGGACUGUCAUGCCCUUUUCGUGUUCCCUCUCGAUUUUCUUUCUCAUGCACUCACGGUGGUGGUAGAUUUGAGUCGGUGAGGUUGUUACUUGCGUGUUGUAGUGGUGGUGGACAGAUUUUACGGUUACAUGUUCAGUUUGAGAGGGAGAUUAUCUAGGAAGGCAAAGAUUUUGGUUUUCUGCUUGUUUCUGACAUCUCGUACUUUGUUGUAGCACUUGGAUCUAGUGGGUUGAACCUGUAACUCGUCUUUGAUUUGGUUAUUGUGGGUGUUAUGGAGACUCUAUUUGUUGUUGAGCAGCAUAAGAACCAAUACUACAGCAGGUCCAAGUCACAGGGUCAUGCUCGAUUUGGGUCUUCACCUAAUAGGGGCUUUAGGGAUAUCAAUUGCAGGACUUUUGAGUCUGGGAGGACAGGUAUAUUGCCAACUCCUUUGAAAUCUCACAGAUCCCCUAAAACACCACCUAAUUCUGAUAACAAAACGGUGGGGAAACUAAAAGUUACUCCUAAGAGCACCCCAAUUCCUAUCAGUGGCAAAGCUCGUAGGAAAGAGAGUGAAGAUGUCCCUGCUGGAGGAGGCCUUUUGUUUUCUGAGUUAUGGGCUGGACCUACCUACUCAAAUUCACCACCUCCCAGUUCGUUGCCAAUUCCCAAGUUUUCUGUCAGACCAAAGAGGACUGUGUCUCUUAAUCUUCCUGGUUCCCCCCCUGAGAUUGAAAUGCGCCCGGUGGCUAAGUCUGCGCCCUCUUCCCCUAGCAGGGAGCAUUCUGAUUCGCCUUUUACAAGGGAUCUGUUUGUUAAUGCUUAUUCUGCUACUAAGACCCUGUGUCGCAUUCUUAAUCUUAACAUCAAUGAUGACUGAAAUGUGUGGAGCCGUGGGCUCCUGUAAGAAAAGUCUAUUUAAUGAAGUGGGUUAGUGGUAGAUGUGUAUAGAUACCAAAUAAAGUUUGUUAGUUUGUAGUCUAAGUUGGAUUAUGUAGCUUUUGUUGUGGUGGUGCCCUUGACAAUCUUGGCUGUGAUGGUGGGUCAACAAUCUCCAGCUUUUGGAAUUUGGGUCAAGCUUAGCUGUGGAGAGGGUAACUGGGUGUAUACUAGAGGAAUCUUUUGAAAGCAGGCUUUACUAUGGAUCAUGCAAUUGAUGGAAGCGUCCAUGAAAAUGGUUGGUAUGUAGAAUGGUGGUAAUGGGUAGAAGUGGCAUGGAAUAGACUUGGUUAAUCUAUUGGACCUGAUGAAAGUUAUAUUCAAGUUGAAUCCUGAAUUUAUGAUACAUAUAGUUCUCAUCAUCAUCUCACAAAAUGGUUAACUUUCCCUUAUUCUGACAUAGGAUUUAGCCUUUUGCUUUAGAUAUUAUGUAUAUACUGUAAAAUCCUCCCUCUUUCUCUCUUUCUCUCCGUUUCUUCUUUCUACAGUCUUUAAUCAUUCUAACUUCUAUUCCGAAUUGUUUUACUUUCCUUCCUUGUCGGACAUGAUUUUACAGUGUGUCACUGUCAUAUCAGUCUUCUUCUAGAUGGUAAUGCUGUUUACUAAUCACUACCUUUCUCACCAAUCUUUCCCCUAGUCAUCUUUGUUUCUCUUUGUUAACUUUGUAUUUAGUUAUCCUCAGUGAGGUUGUAGUUUACCCCUUCACUAUCUUUUCUGUUUUUUUUAUAAAGAAAAGUAGGAAGGGAUUUGUAGUAGUCUUUUGUAGUAUCUGCUUCAGUUUUUAGGAUUAAUCCAUGUCACUCCACCUACUAGUAAACCCCUGAUAUGUUUCAUUCCGAGUAAUGCUUAUUUCCUUAGUCCUAAACCUAGUUCUCUUCUAGCUUGUCUUCCAUUUCCAUGGAGUGUGUUGACCAUGCUAUGCCAAAUUUUAAGGGUGGCAAAACUUUAUGAAGGCUGUUUCAGUUGUGACUCGUGAAAUGUGGUCAGUUGCCAGUCAGUUUUUCUCCAUAAUGUCCCUUGUGGAUCGUAAAUUUGUUUGUGUUUCUUUCCUUGUGCCUCAGUAACUUGUGUGGUCUGCUGAAAUAAGAUGUAGUGACUAUUAUGUAUUCUUCAUUUUGUAUCUGAAUUUAAAUACUUAUUAUCCUUAUUAAUCUAUGUAGCAUUUCUUUGAAAGAUAUAGCAUGAUUAUUUGCAUUUUAUGAACA